UGGAAAUUUCGUAUAGGUGUCGUUGAAUGCAGGAUGUUCGUGUUACGUUAUAACCUGUAUUUUUGACAACUGUUUGUCAACAAGAUGACAUUAAUCAAAUAUAAUUGCUAAACGUCUAAUUGCAGCAUUUUGACAGAUAAUCAUUGAUCUCUCUAAGAGAUCAAGCAAUCUGUGAGAUUUACACAUAUCGUUGCGUGCAGAAUAUUUAAAAUUUUGGUACUAUGCUGAAUAAGUGCAAUAUAUGAUUAACUAUCUGUCAUACAAAUUUAACGUCAAUUGAAAUUCUGUGUGAUACUGCAAAUAAAUUAAGAAAGAAAAAUGUUGAACCGUUUUAAAUCGGUAUUAAUGAGUGCUGUGGGCGCAAGCGAGCUUGGCCUACAGUACCCUAAUGAUUCGGAUAAUGAUAUGACAGAUUAUAUUAAUUCUAAUUAUGUUGUGGAAGUAGAAAAUAAACCUUAUAGCCGUCCAAGUUUUCUAGGCUUGACAGCUGAAGAGACACAGGUGAGUGCAGAUCACAGAGUAAGGCCUAUAAUAGUUCCAAGGGAUCUUAGUCGUUUGCCAUGGUGUGCUGGCUAUGCAGAAUGUAUAAAUGCUGGGAAGAGUACUUGGAAUGAAGAUCAAGCUUCUGCGACACGUGGAGAUCUAAAAUUGUCAGAUGUUAAUGUCACACUGCCUUAUGUCAUGUUUUCAAUGUUUGAUGGUCAUGCAGGGUAUCAAGUUGCUCUUACAGCGAGAUUACAGCUACAUAGAAUAAUUCUUGAAAGGUUAAUGGCUAUACCAGCUAAUAUGCUACUGAAUGAAGAUGAAAAUGAGCUGAUAAAAGGCAGAGACUUAGUUACGGGUGCUAUAGAAUUAGCAUACAGACAAAUGGAUCAAAUGGUAGAUAUGCAGGCUCAAAAUGGUGGUGGUGGUUGUACAGCUAUUACAAUUCUAUUUCUUAAUGGAAGGCUAUAUGCAGCAGGAGCUGGUGAUUCCAGGGCUGUGUUAGUUUUGGGAGAGGAACAACGUGCUGUCACCAGAGAUCAUACUCCAGAUUCUGAAUCAAAUCGUGUCAGAGCUUUAGGCUUUCUAAGAAGCAACGAGUUGCUCAAAGGUCAUUUUACUCCUUUGGAGUUUAGAAAAAGACCAUUACAAAAGGAAUUAGGAUCUAUGGUUUUAUAUCGUGAGCCUUUUAUGACUGGUUGGGCAUAUAAAACCUUAACACAUCAGGAUUUAAAAUUACCACUUAUUUCAGGACAUGGAAAAAGGAGCAGAGUAAUGGGAACAAUAGGUGUGACUAGAGGUUUUGGAGAUCACGGCUUGAAAGCAGCAAACACUGGUGUUAAUAUCAAACCAUUUCUAUCAUCACAACCUGAAGUACAGUCUCUAGACUUGGACAGUUGUAAUCUUACUGAAAGAGAUUGCAUUAUUGUCGCCACAGAUGGACUCUGGGAUGUAGUGUCAGACAAAACAGCGGCAACAAUACUUAGAAAGACACUUGCACCUGAUACACCAUCAUUAGAAUAUAGACUGACAAUGGGUGCUCAAGAAUUAGUGCAAGCAGCGAGAGGUCGCUUAAUUGGCAGAGUGUGGAUGGGAAAACCCGAGAAUCCUAACGAAGCAGAUGAAAAAUCUUCACCUAUAGCAUCGGUAGAUGAUAUUAGCGUAUUAGUAGUACCUUUAUAUCCUUAUUUAUGUGAACAUAAACAGUGGCUAAAGACGACACAACAAGAACGAAAAUAUGCGGAUUCUUUAACGACAAUAUGCUUUGAUUAUCCUAGAUCAACUGAUAAUCCUGCAUAAUGAAUCAUGAUUAUUCAAUUAGAUCUGAUUUCAUUUGAUUUGCAAAAUAAUAUUAGUAAAGUAAUAAGGAGACUAUGUUAUUAUCUAAUGUGCAGCUAUCGAAUUACAUUUAUUCACAUUGUUACAAUGACUCAUAAAUUCGUGAUUGCUUAUUUAGCCUUAGAAUAAUCAGCAAUAUUUACGUGCACGAAUGCCGCAUAUAUAUUUCAUAGUUCUUUUCUUGAAAUGUUAAAUUGUUGCAUACUGCCACUGUAUGUAUUAUAAUUACAAAAGGCUUAUGUUCUUAUCAUUUAAACAAACAUUCCAUUAUGAUACCUAUUUUUUAUUAUAUGAAAUAUUUACAAUGUUUCAAAACAUUUGGUACACGAGCACCAAUUUCUAGACUGUCAUUUAUUAUAUAAUUAGUAUAGGCUGUAGGAAAUGUAAUAUUAAAAAAUAUUGAAAUAUUUUUUAUAUUGCUGAAGCAAAUAUGUGUUACCAUUCGACAUGAGCUUUAUGAUGUCUUAUCAUUCGUUUUUAUGUUAAAAAUAUUACUCCUAUGGUUGCUUAAAAUUGU